GCGUCUUUUAUUUUUUAGGAAGCAGUUUCAUUUAGAGUAGUCAAAGUUAACCGAGAGUGCUGAAUUUCAGAAACUGGUUUUUUUUUUAAUUGAAGCAUGAAAUCCCAGCUGAGGUCCAGAGCAUAAUAUUCCCGGCGGAGACAACCUUGUGUCGGUGUUCUACGGCAUCCUGAGUCGAGCUGUGUUCUUCUGAACAUCUGACAGACAUCGACGGGGCUGGAAAAGGAAAUAACAUUUCAGCUCGUCACAACAGCCUAGCUGCAGCUUCCACCGGGACGGAUGGCAACCAUGCUGAAGCCCAAGUACAGCGGCUGGCCGUGACACGGAGGAUGACGAGGGCGGCGGAGCGACCGGCCGGGCUUCAUGCAUGACCAGCCCGCUGCACUGCCACACGAGGACCCUGAGACGAGCGCCGAGGACGAAGAUGGCGUCGGCUCCGGGGUUGAAGAAGGCCCGCGGGAAGGUGGAGAAGCCCGAGGCCGCCGUCGACACUGUGCAGGCGACCAACGAGGAGCUGAGAAGCAAGCUGACCGAGAUUCAGGUGGAGCUCCAGCAGGAGAGGAGCAAGGUGGCGAAGCUACGCGAGAAGCUGCAGGAGGUGCGGCAGGCCAGAGAGCUGGAGCAGCACAAGCACACGGUGCUGGUGACGGACUUGAAGGCCAAGCUGCAUGAGGAGCGUGCCCGCGAGCUGGCGGGGGCGCGCGAGGCUCUGCAGCGGCAGCACGAGCAGGAGCUGGCGCGCACCCUCAAGAUGCGGGACGGCGAGAUGCAGCGGCUGCAGGCGCUGGUGACGGCACUGCGCGACGGCGCCGCCGACAAGCUGAAGAGCGCGCUGCUGUGCGAGGCGCGGGAGGAGGCGCGGCGGGCCUUCGACGGGGAGCGUGCCCGCCUCCAGCAGGAGAUCGCAGAGCUGAAGGCCACCCGUCGGCAAGGCGACGAGGCUCUGGCCAACGCCCUCAGGGCCGACAAAGCCAAGGCAGCCGACCUCCGCGCUGCCUACCAGGCGCACCAGGACGAGGUGAACCGCAUCAAGCGCGACUGCGAGAGGGACAUACGCAGACUGAUGGAUGAGAUCAAAGGGAAGGACCGGGCAGUGCAGGCCCUGGAGAGGGAGCUGGGGGUGCAGGCAGGGUACGCGCAGAGGCUCUACCUGCAGAAGGAGGCCCUCGGCGAGCAGCUGGUGCAGGUGAAGGAGGCAGAGCGGCACCACGGGAGCCCCAAGCGGGAGGUGAUGCCUGCACUUGGGGAUGCCAGCGACGGCUUCCUCAGCCAGGAUGUGCAGGCAGAUGAACGGGAUAUCCGGCGGUUUCAGCUGAAGAUCGCCGAGCUCCACGGCAUGAUCCGGAAGCUGGAGGACCGCAAUGCACUGCUUGCCGAUGAGCGGAACGAGCUGCUGAAGCGCGUCCGAGAGGCCGAGGGCCAAAUGAAGCCGCUCUUCGAGAAGAGCAAGAGGCUAUCCAAGAAAAAUGACGACCUCCUGCAGACGCUGCAGCGCAUGGAGGAGAAGCUGAAGAACCUGAGCAGAGAGUACGCUGAGAUGAAGGAGAAACUGCAGACGCCCCCCCAGCCGUUGUUAAAGAGGCCCAGCUCCCUCAAUGACCUGAGCCACACCCACGAGGAGCAGGAGGUGGAGUUCCUCAAGCUGCAGGUGGCCGAGCAGCGCUACAUCAUCGACGAGCUCACCCAGGAACGGGACCGGCUGAUCAUUACCAAGAAGAAUAAGAGGAAAGGGCUCAAACUGCCCAAGAGGCAUGUUGUGGAGACAUAUUUUGGAUUUGACGAAGAGUCCGUGGAUUCGGAGACCUCGUCCUUGACAUCCUACACCACAGAUCGAACGGACAGGACUCCGGCCACCCCUGAGGAGGACCUGGAGGAGGGGAUUUCUCGCGAGGAGUCAGAGCUGCGGUUCCGUCAGCUGACCCGAGAGUACCAGGCUCUACAGCGAGCCUACGCCCUACUCCAGGAGCAGGUUGGGGGAACCCUGGAUGCUGAGCGUGAAGCCCGGACUCGGGAGCAGCUGCAGGCGGAUCUGGUUCGGUGCCAGGCAAAGAUCGACGACCUGGAGAAGUCCCUGACGGAACGGGGGCAGGAUUCCAAGUGGGUGGAGGAAAAGCAAUACCUCAUCAAAACUAACCAGGAGCUCUUGGAGAAGAUCAGCAAGCUGGAGCUGGAUGAGGGUAGUCUGAGGACGGAGGUGCAGGACGCACGGGACCAGAACGAACUGUUAGAGUUCCGAGUCCUGGAGCUGGAAGAACGGGAGCGCCGUUCUCCGGCAUUCAAUCUGCACGUGGCUGCUUUCUCCGAAGGCAACAGCAGUGCUCUCCAGCUGCAUUGCCACCAUGAGGGCAUCAAGGAUGUCGUCAUACCAGACCUCAUAAAAAAACUCGACAUACUUGGUGAUAAUGGGAACCUGCGGAACGAGGAGCAGGUGAUUGUGAUCCAGGCCGGGACAGUGCUGUCGCUCUGUGAAAAGUGGUUGAAACAGAUCGACAGCACAGAGGCCGCACUGACACAGAAGAUGAUAGACCUGGAGAAUGAGAAGGACUUGUUCAGCAAGCAGAAAGGCUACUUGGAGGAAGAGCUGGACUACCGAAAGCAGGCCCUGGAUCAGGCCUCUAUGAAAAUCCAGGAGUUGGAGGCCACACUGUAUAAUGCUCUGCAACAGGACCCUGAGAACAGAGUGGGUGAAUCUUUGACAGAGAGGCAGAAGGAGGAUCUGAGGAUAGCGGUGGAGAGGCUGAGGAGGCAGAUUCAAAGGCAGAGCCGCGAGUUUGACAGUCAGAUCUUGCAGGAACGCAUGGAGCUGUUGCAUCAGGCCCAACAGAAGAUUAGGGAGCUGGUGGAUAAGAUUGAAACCCAGAAAAGACAAAUCAAAGAUAUUGAAGAAAAGUUUUUGUUCCUCUUUUUAUUUUUUUCUUUAGCCUUCAUUCUUUGGCCUUAAUGACGCAGGGACAGCCACGUAUGAGGAGCUGAAGUGUUCCCCAGGAGUGUGCAAACCCAGAAGCUCAUGCAAUCCACUGCAUUGGGGAAGACAGUGUUGUGCACUCACACGUCUCAACCCUACUGUCUCCUGAUUUCCUGU